GUAGUCACAGUCGUCGUCAUCGUCAUCUAAUAUGUUCAGCUUCGAUUCUCAUAGCAAAGCACGUAAAGCGGAUGAAUCGAAUCGAUACGUCAGUUGGACGUGUACGCUUUGCGAGAGAAGUCGCGUAAAAUUAUUUUGAGGCUCAAACAAGGCAGACCAUUAGCCCAAAAGCUUAAACAAACUUUCAAUAGUUAUACAAUAUCCAUAAGAAAUCUAUCAUAAGCCCAACAAAAAUCCAAAAAUGAACGAUGCAAAAUUAAUCGACCUUGUGGAGGCACAACCCUCCAUCUACGAUAAGACAGACAUAUUCUACAGCAACAAGGAGCAUGUACGGUCCAUUUGGCAGAUGAUUGCUGGUGAAAUGCAACUGGAAGUUCCGGUUUGCCAGAAGCGCUGGAGGUAUUUGAGGGACUAUUUUGUUCGACAAUUGCACAUCACAGACGACAACAACUGCAAUGGUGUUAAGAAUGAGGAUGACGACGGUGAAGACGGCGAGAAGCAGGUGGUGGCAGCUGCUUUUAGCGGAAAGCGAAGCUAUUGGCCAUUCUAUGACAGAUUAUCUUUUCUAAAACCAUUCUCCUCGACUCGUCGUCGGAUUAAGAGAACUUCUAGCGAUGAAGUUACCAGUCAACGUCAAUUAAGUCACGAUGACAUUAUUUACUCCACGCAAUCCAUCUGCAGUGAGAGCAGUGAUCGAUCGAGGAUGAGUAGUAAUUCCACGGCUUCUAUUGGGGGACAGAAUCAGCACCCUGCUGAAGAUGCCUUCUCUAACAUCGAAUAUUUGAAAUUCUACCAAGCAAUGCAGAUGGCAGCACAACAAAAUUUCAAUUCAAAUAAUAACGGCUAUGGACAUCAGUUUCCGGUUGCAAUAGCGAUGGAGGAUGAAGACGAGAUGAGAAGGAGUCCAGCGAAGAAGAAACGCCACCAGAAUCAGAAUGGGAACCAUUCAUCGGGUUUUCCACUUGUUGAAUAUGACAUCGAUGAACAUGAUUGUUUCUUCAAGAGUAUUUUAAGUUCGGUUAGGAAAAUCAGUGAUGAGCAUAUUAUUGCCUUUAGGACGGAAGUUCUGCAGGUUUUGAUGAAAUUUCGGAAUUUAAGUGAUACUGCAACUGAUAAUGAAGCAUCAGAUGUAAAUGAAGAGUUUAAUGGUGAGGAUGAUGGAGAAGAGGAUGACGAUGAUGUUGUUGUUGUUAAUACUGAAGAGGCUCACUGGAGAAAGAAUCUAUUUCGAAAGAAAUUGUAGUUUCAAAAAUUAUGAUGGUGCAGUGCUAAUUAUUAUGUACAUACAUAUGUAAAUGUGCUUUAAAAUGUUGUUAUUUUUAAUAGAAUUUAUAUGAGAUUGUUAAAAUUGUUUUAUGGCAGCCAGUAUUUAUAGUACAAAUAAGGUACAUUAGCUUAUUAUAUACAUACAUUAUAUAUAUAUUUGUUUCUCUUUAUUAUUAAGAAUAUUAUUUGCAAAAUUAAAGUUUGUUAUUAUACACAA